UUCCAACUGCUCAACAGCAUAUAGAGGAUACCUUUACAGACUACUAUACUUCCAUGUGUUAAUGCUUGGAGAAUCUUCGUCAUGAUUGGAAUCGACAGUGGUCGUAAAAGGGGUCGCCGGAGAUUAGGAAGAUGGUCUUGGAGUAGGGGAAUAGGAUUACUGGCAUUAUGUGCUCUCAUCCUAUUCUGUCUAAGUCAAGUACAGACGACACUAGCAGAAGAUUCAAAUGUCGUCGUACAAAGCCCCGCUCAAGAAGAUGAUAUGGUUGUGCCAACAUCGCCCACUCCUCCUUCCCCUAAUCCUUCUUCCAAAUCAAUGACAGCGGAUGAAGCAUACGAUCGUGCUAUUCGUCUUUUGCGUUCAACACUUGCAAACCAAAAAGCAUCAUCUGCAGGAGGACGAAAGGAGACUAAGUCACCAAAGGCAAAGCAAGCAGACAAGAAACGCUCUCCGCCUGUUUCAGCUCAGCAGAAAAGACUGAAUGGAAUCUCAUUAUACUGGGAAUUAUUCAAGAAUUGGCUUCCUUUCACUGGCAUCUUUCGAGAUUUGAUACGACUGCGUGACAUGUUGAUCACUCUGAUACCGUUUCCGGGUGCACGAAAUGAUGCGGCUGCAGGACAAGGUCAUCGAUCUCCCGUCAAUUUAGCAGCUGCUAUGCGAGGAGGAAGUGGAAUGGGAUGGGAAGGUGGUAAUAUCUUAGCACCUCCUGAAGCCUAUGUUGCAGGCAAAGAUCCAGGAGAAGAGGAACAAGCACGAGCUUUCCCAGGUGCUAGGCCGCAACAGUUAUGGCCAGAAUGGGAUGGUGGAGAUGAUGCAUACUUUGGUCCUUUCCUUUCAUCGUCUGAAGAAGAGCAACAGACAGAGCAGAAUGGCAAUUCACAAACUUCCUCGAACAAAAACACUUCCAUGGGCUGGGAUAAAAUAUCCAUGCCAGGCAGCCUGUCUCGCAAGAAACGAGAAGCAGAGCAAAGACAGUGGCAUGAUCGCUGGAGAGAGGAAGCAAUCGCCUUGCUGACGUGGGCUUCUGGAUGGGGAGAUGCUCCUUCCGUUGAAGAUCGAGAUAUGUUGGUAAAGCAGGCAUCUAUGAUUGACUGGAGCACUGAAAACUCAAUAUUCUCCAGCCAACAUCUGGAAGAGCAAUCUAUCGAAAGUUUCCUCCAAUCUAAGGAUAGACUGAUGGCCGUCAAUCAAACUCGUCCCAAUCCAGAUGCCCUUUGGGCAUUGGCAAUGCAUUCUUUCUGGGGUACACACGGUGCUUUACCUCAUCCCCUUCGUGCGAAAGCGUGCUUAGAGCGUCUUGUCUCUAUGACUGGUAAUGCAAGUGCACAUAAUUAUCUCGGUUGGAUGGAAGGAGGCGCUUGGGGUCGAGAAGGAUGGCGAUUGUUGGGUGUGGAAGACAAACGAUUGGUGGAAGAAGUAGAAGAUCGACAAUCGAAAGCAUUGCUUCACUACACAGCUGCUGCAAAAUCGGGCGACAGUUUAGCACAAAUGACACUGGCGUAUAGACACAAUGCUGGAAUUGGAGUCACACCCAAUUGUGGAUCAACGUUGUAUUGGUAUGAAAAAGCUGCUACUGACGCAUUGCGUAGAUACCAAUCCGGUCCACCGGGUGGGUUGACAUUGCCAUAUACCCAUCUACGAUUAUCAGAUUUGUCGGGAGGCGUGUUUGGGCCGGGUGCAUCAGCUGCUUCAACAGGAUGGGCUAAACAUCGACCUGCAAUACAAGCUAUGCUCAAUCGAUUACCAUCCGAUGGCUCCUCUGACGGUAGAAGACUGGAAGACUUACUCGAAUUCUUCACCUACCAUGCUCAAAGGGGAGAUCCCAGCUACGCUUUAAAGCUAGCACAAAUCUAUUACGGCGGAAGUGUUUUGGGUGCAAGUGAGAGUGCUGCUCGUGUUCCAAGAGAUUAUAAAAAGGCGAGAGACUAUCUCAUGCGCAUAGUCCGAGAUGUCUGGCCACUUGAUGCGCAAAUGGUCGCUAAAGGAGGGCCGACUGGAUUGUUGGCCAAAAAGGGCGAACAUGGUGAAGAUGUGAAGCUGAAUGUGGAUGAUACACAUGCCCUUUUGGCCGGAACUGCAGCAAGUCUCCUCGGUAGAAUGUGGCUUAGAGGUGAAGGCGUCCCACCAAGUCAUGUUCGAGCAUGGGUAUGGUUCUCACGCGGUGCGGAACAAGGAUCCUCAGAAUCGCAAAAUGGGCUUGGAUUGAUGCAUCAAUUGGGUUUAAGCGUUCCAAAGAAUAUUAAAAAAGCAGUUGAGUAUUUCGAAAUGUCUUGUUCGGCUGGAAUCAUGUCAAGCGUUGGUGGUUGUAUCAAUCUGGGAAAGAUUCACUUUCAACUACGUGAAUAUACGCAAGCGGCAAAGUUCUUUGAUUUGGCAAUGAAGUUGGGUAAUUCAUUCGAAUCUUAUUACUAUCUGGCUUUGAUUAACAUUCAUAUGGGCAGACUCAAAAUCGAUCCCUCUGAUCCAAAUGCAUAUAUCAUCGAUGCACCUGGUACGGCAUCGCAUGAUCGAUGCAGAAAUGCAGUCAACGGAUUCAAAUUUGCCAUCGAAAGAGGAGAUUGGAAAGAUCCGACAUUCAGCCGUGCUGAACGUGCUUGGGGUAAAGGCAUGCGUGGGCGUGCUUUAUUGGGCUGGUCGAUAGCAGGUGAAAGAGGCUAUGAAGCAGCACAAAACAACCUUGCAUGGGUUCUUGAUCGGGACAAGAAACGUUUGAAGAUUUCUGCCUUUGACAUCCCUCAAAACAAUUCUACCGAUCGACUUGCUCUGAUCCAUUGGAUUCGCAGUGCAGCGCAAGACAACGUUGAUGCUCUCGUCAAGAUGGGUGAUUACUACUACUAUGGUAUAGGAUCCAGUCUACCUUCAGAAGAGCGACUACUAGAUCUUGAUCAAGAAGAUGUACCCGAAAGCAGGACUGAAGAAGACGUUCCAACUGCAACUUCUGGAAUUUCCACCAUACCAAGCGUAUCCUAUGACAAGGCUGCAGCUUGUUACUCAGCAGCGGCCGAGAAACAAACUUCUGCUCUCGCAUACUGGAACAUGGGAUUCAUGUAUGAACGCGGUCUUGGUGUUCCCAAAAAGGAUUAUAAUCUGGCCAAGCGAUAUUACGAUAUGGCGUUGGAAUUGAACAAAGAGGCAUACUUACCUGUUCUCCUAAGCUUGGCAAAAUUAUUCUUUAUGGCAUGUUGGGAUGCUUUCACGAACAAAGACGCAACUGCCUUGAACCUUUUGAAUGGUUUAGCAUUCGGUCCAACGGGCAGAAGUCGUGUUUUAGGAGCAAUGUCAGGUGGAUUCUUCGAUAAUGGCGAAAUGCCUUACACGGAAGCCGAUGAAAUUCGAUUCCAACAUGAGAGACACGAAGCCGCCGGUCAAGCGGCUAACGGAGCGGCAGCACAGGGUGCAGAAAUGGGCGAUCACAACCUUCCCGAAUUCUAUGAUAAUGGGCCAACAGCCGCAGCAGGAGGAGGAUCGGGUCACAAUGUCGCACAAGGCGGUGGAAGUGCAACAAACGUUCAUGGAACUGAAAAUUUGGACGGCACAAUCGAAGGCUUGAUGAUCGUUUUCGGUCUUGCAGCUUUGGCCAUGUUAGUUUACGUUCGUCAAGGUGUACAAUUACGCCUAGAACGUCAAAGACGCGAAGAAGCUGCAGCUCGAGCCGCUGAUGCUGCUGGUGAUGGAAGUGGAAGUGCGGAAGACCAAAGGAGAAGACAAGAAGCAGCUCAAGCCGCUCAAGGUGGGCCUCCAGCAGUGGAUCCAAAUCAACCGUUCGGAUGGCCACUUCAAGAUGGCAAUGCAUAUGCCGGGCUAUAAAAGUAGUAUUGAAGCAAGACAUUGUAUAACUUACACAUUUCUCAUCGUAAUCGAUAUCACUCAAUGUUGGUUAUAGCAACAUAUGAAAAUUGGUAUGAAUGAG